UGUAGUGUUUUUAUUGUACAGCUAGGCCCGUCCCAAAACGACGGCCCGGCCUUAAAACAACUGUUCAAUCGGUGUUGUGGAAUGGAGGCUCACCCUCGGUUCUAAUUCCAAUAAGUGCACAGUGAUCAAGCUAAUUUUUGGGCCUUCCAAAAAUACCCCAAAAUCAAAGUUAAAAAAAAUGAAAUCUCAUUUCCCUCUUUCUUCCUUCUAAUUUGAACGAGCUCUGCGUUCUUGGUCAAGGAGUGAAGAACCUGUUCCAGCAGAUCCCCUUCCACAGGUGAGUUGGAUAAAGGACGUGAAGAUUUCCUCUUUUUAUUCGUUGGCUGCCCACAAUUAUUGCGAUUAGGAUAAUUGAUUGUCACUAUGCUAUCUCGACGCCGUGUAAAUGGUUAUGUUCACUCAAUGGUCGAGGAGAUUAUGAAUCAUCUAUUGUUGCAACUCACCGUUGUAAUUGAACACAUAGAAAGCGGUAAGUCUCGAAAGAGGAGGCGUUGUUUAUCAAAAGAGCCUUACACCUUCUUGGCUCGUAUUCCCGAUCAAGUGAAACACAUGGAUCGGUUGGUUAACAUAAGUGAUGUUGAUUGUAUUGCUAACUUACGAAUGGACCGCAAUACCUUCGGGCGGCUAUGCAUAUUAUUGAGGCAACUAGGAGGCCUAAAAGACGGUAGAUACGUUACCGUCGAAGAGCAAGUUGCUAUGUUCCUUUCUGUGCUCGCACAUCAUAAAAAAAACAGAGUCGUGAGGUUUGAUUUUUGGAGAUCGGGGUAUACCAUAUCUAGGUACAUUCAUGUAGUUCUUAAGGCUGUUUUAUCUCUACACAUACUGCUAUUUGUAAAGCCGCAGCCUGUAACAGAUGAGUGCGCUGACCCCCGAUGGAAAUGGUUUAAGGGUUGCUUGGGAGCUUUGGAUAGCACAUACAUCGACGUUAUGGUUUCUAACGGUGAUAAGCCACGUUAUAGAACACGCAAGGGUCAUAUUUCGACGAAUACUUUAGGAGUUUGUGAUCGAAAUCUCAAAUUUGUAUACGUGCUGCCCGGUUGGGAAGGCUCCGCAGCAGACUCGCGUGUUCUUCGCGAUGCAUUGAGCAGACCUAACGGGUUGAGGGUUCCAAAGGGGAAUUUCUAUUUAUGUGACAACGGCUAUGCCAACUGUGAGGGCUUCCUUGCACCAUUUAAAGGAGUUCGGUACCACUUGAAGGAGUGGGUCCUUCAUCGUCUAGACCACAAAAUUACCGGGAGCUCUUCAACUUGAGGCAUGCUAAGGCUCGCAACACAAUUGAGCGUGCCUUUGGAGUCAUGAAAAUG